AAAAACUGUUGAGAGAAUAUCAUUCACAAUCAUUCUCCCACAACACUCUUCACUUUUGUUUCGCACCCCAAACCAAACCCAAUACCUAUAGUAGUCGCCUUCUUCCUUCCGCUGUUCUUCUCCAUUCCCACUCGUGGGGUUCUCCUCCUUAAUCUUCCCUUCGCUUCCAGCAGCAACCACCACCCUUAAUUUCAGGAUUUGGGACUGAGAUUCUUCUCUUCCUUUUUUUUUUUAAUUUUUUUUUCUUUUUUAUUUUUUGUGAGGGAGAAUGUCGAAGAAGAAAGUUAGCGGUAACACCAUGACGCUCAAGGACUUCCAUGGCGGUUCUAUACCCUCUGAUCUCCCUCUACCUUCUGCUCCUGGCGUGACUGUGAGGGCUUCAGAUCGUUCUGGUUUUGACCGGCCUUUGGCGUGGGGAACACAGAUGGGGCGGUCGGAUCAUUGGUCUCGGCCACACACGUCGCCGGCAACUAGGCAUUACGAUGAUAAAAGCCCGUUUCUGUCACACACUGCCCCGAUUGGUAGGAACUUUGAUGAGGAUGAGAGGAAGCCCCUCGAUGGCGUUUCGGUGCCUCGGAGGACAAUCAGUGAUGAGAGCAUUCGUGGUGGUCCGCCUUCUCGUGUUGAAGUGAGGCCGGAUUAUGGACUGGGAGGGAGUUCAUUAGGCAGGCAAGUCACUCCAGUUUCUCAAAAUACUAUUGGGAUGGGUAACUCGUACUCUGCGAGGCUUACCGAUGCAGUGCACGUAGGGAUGAAUCCUCAGAGUUUAGGAGGUAGUAAGGAGCAGGGAACUGGUGGUGGUGGUGGUUAUCCGAACGCAUGGUCGAUGAGGAAAGAAGUGGCAAGUGCUGUUGAGCCGGAGCAACCCGCCUGGUCUAGUGCUAGUGCUGCCUCCAAGUUGGCUCAUGCGAGUGCUCUCGAGAAGGUGUCUUCUGGUAGAUGGCAGUCAAAGGCGGUACAUUAUCAGGCAGAUGCUGAGAUUGUUAGAUCUCCUGAAGUGGAGAAUAGACCACGUGUUAAUGGUAGUGUUGCCUAUAAUAGGAUGGAUGCGGUUGGUGAAAAGGAGCACUAUGAUGCUAUGCUAGCAAGACAUGCUGAAAGGACCUUAGGCAUUGAUAAUCAGGUGCAAGGUGGUAGGAAUGAGUUACUAAAUUAUGAAAGGUCUGGGGUUUCCAGGUAUUCAGAUGUACGACCUACAAGUGCACCUUAUAACUCUGAUGGGGUUCAGCUGGCUCGAAACGAGGACAAAAUUGUUGGGUCUGACUUGCAGCACCCUAUGCCUUCUGAACCAACUGAGCGACCUAAACUGAAGUUGCUACCAAGGGCAAAGCCGCAGGAAAAUUCAGAACAUGCUGCUAUGGAGUAUGCGCAGGGUAAUCGUCAGGUUAAUGAUUCUGGUCAUGUUGAAACUGUUUAUCUGGCACAUGGCCAUGCCAAUUUUGCGAAGCCUGUAUCAGCUGGGUCUGACAGCGGUAAGGAGUCAGGACAGCGUCCCAAGCUGAAUUUGAAGCCUCGGUCUCAUCCUGUUGAACAGUUGGACGGAAACAGUGAAAGAGACAGGAAUGCUUUAUUUGGUGGUGCUCGCCCGCGAGAACUAGUGUUGAAGGAGCGAGGGAUUGAUGAUGUGUCAAUCAACAGUUAUGAUGUGGUGGAGCAUUCGAAUCGGGUUGAAAACAACAUUUUGAGGGCUGAGAAACAUCAUACUGAACAUUCAAACCAGAGCCGGUACAGUGAAAAGACUGAGGAUGCUCAUCUCGAUCAAAGGACUGUCAGAAAAACUGAAAGGAAGGAGCAAAGGGUAGAUGGUGAAAGGGUUCAUGCACAGAGAAGAAAUUGGCGGGGUGAUACUCGGAGAACUGUGAGGGAGACUGAUAGGCCACAGGCUUCUGAGAGGCAACCUUCACCUGAGACAUGGCGCAAGCCUGUGGAGCAGCAGCCUAAAGCAUCUCCAGGUGCUGCUGGCAUUCGGUAUGGUAGGGGUGCUUCAGCAGUUGAACUUGCACAAGCAUUCUCGAGAUCUGUAUCGGAUCCAAAAGUAAAUGAUAGGUUUUCAGGUCAAAGGGCGCUGAACACAGGAAGCAACAGGACACAAGUUCCUUUUUCACGGCUUGUUGGCCCUACAUCAAGGCCUCAGAUCAAUGGUUAUUAAAUCUUUGGUGGAUAAUUGGGACUCACUGAAUCUUUGGUGGAUAAAGUGGAUUGCCGAGCACUUCAUGGAGUGGCUGUACUUUUCACUAUUUUCUCCUCAUUCUCAACAAACACGAAUGAGUGAGAAGAUUAAAACAAAGAACUAGUUAUGACAAUACCAAUUUACAAUCACCAUGUUUUAUUGUUUUUAUUUAUUGCCCCGUAUCAUUUCUCGCCUAGAAACUAAUUUUUUCUGUCUUUGUGGUGGAGAAGGUGAAAGGGCUGUUGCCUUAUCAAGACAUUGUAUCUUGAUUAACACCAUAAAAUUGUUCGUUUUAGUUGUUUCAUCAUCAAUUAGCCAUUUUAUGGAUAUCCUUA